CCAUCUCUCUCUCUCUCUCUCUCUAAUUCCAUGAAGCGUUUAGCCAUGAAGCCUAUAACCAAAACAAUUAUAUUUAUACGCUUCUGAAAAUCGCAAACCUGUUUUAGCGUAUUCAUCGAGUUCAUAAACAAGUUGUAAAUAUUUCCGUAUAAGCGAAACCCUAGCGUUGAUUUUGCUGAUAAACUCUCAACGGUUAUACCCCAUAUUUGAGCUCAUUGAUAAGGCCCGAUUAGGGUUGAGUAUUUUGGGCGAUAAUUUUCAAGAGGCAAGUUAGGGUUUUGUGUCAACAUGGGAAGCGUGGAUCGGGUCGAUGAUCUGACGUUUAAUGCGAAUUUUAGCAGCGACGGAGUGGCGAAGCUGAGGGAGGUAGUGAAGGAGAAGCUGAUGGAGUUCACGGAUUUCAGCGACGACCAUCUUGUGGAAUAUGUGAUUGUGUUAGUUAAGAAUGGCAAGCGCAAGGAAGAAGCAAGGAAUGAGUUGCGUGUGUUUUUGGAUGAUGACACUGAUUCUUUUGUAUCUUGGUUGUGGGAUCACCUGGCUUCAAAUUUGGAUCUGUAUGUACAACCUCAAGACACUUAUAUGGAUGAAGCUCCCAAAACAAAACCCACAGAAGGUGAACAAAGUGGGAAAAAUGAGUCUCACCUUUCAAAUGCUGAAUCAGAAAGAGAAAAGUAUAAUAAGUUAUCUAGAAGCCGGCACAAUAGGGAAUGGAAAGGACUAGUGAGAGAUGCAGUUGAACCUCCUCCUCUUCGGAGCUCUGAUAUUGAAAGAAUUCAUUUUGAGGAAAAACCCUAUCGCAAAGACAGUCGUGUAAAGAGGUCUCCGUCUCCCCGACCUUCAUUUCAAAGGAAAAGGGGUCGACCUGAUGAGCAUGAGAAUAAGAAGAGGGAAGCAAUUCCUCAAGUAAAUAUUGAUGCUCCUAGGCGGCUGCUUCAGUUUGCAGUUCGAGAUGCAGUGGCAACUUCAAGGCCAUCUAAUUUGGCAAAGGAGCCAAAAUUGAAGCGUCUUCGUUCCGUUGUUUCCACGUCCACUAGUGACAUAUCAUUGGUUGAUCGCCCUCAGCGGAUUAGGUCUGUUGCCAGAGUGCCGAAUUCUAUGGCUACCGUAAUUAGAGCUGUGGCAGAAGCUGCAGAAGAUGUGAUAAAAGUUAAACCCUCUGGGAGUGUGUUUGACCGACUUGGUCGUGGGAUGGAUGUAUUAGAGACCAGUGGCCAAGAUGCAGAGUUUAGAGAAGCUGCUGUUGAGGAUGGAGAAUAUGGAGAUAUGAACGAAAUUCAGGGGCAAACAAUGUCUAGGAAUCAUCAAAGAAUUGACUACAGUGGUCAGUAUGUUGGCAAUAUGACCAUGUUGGAAAGUGAAACUGGUUUGGCAUCUGAUUCUACUUCUGACAAUGAAGGAUAUGACGGUGUCAAUGUUGUUGGCCGUAAAGUUAUGGAUGUUUCUCAUACUGCCUCCUCUGCUGGAAACAGGGGUGAGGAUUCGCUGAUGGUUCAGUAUAGCGUCGCUAAAAAUGCUGAUGAUGUCAUUCGACGAAGUAAGGAUCAGGAUCAACCUGUGGUGGCUGCAAACACUUCUCGUAGUAAGAUAGUGAACAUUUCCGUGAAUGUAAAUACUUGGAAGCCACCUCACUAUCAGGAGCAUAGGGAGGUUGGGGAAAUCGAUAAUCGGAAACCUUUACAGGAGAGUGAUGCAGGAUCUGCCCAGACUGCUUUGCGACUUCUGAAGGAGAAUAGCAAUCCUACAGUUGGUAAUGGAAAUGCAAAACCUGCCACAGAUGCUCAGAGAACAUCCCAGCAGACACAGUCAUCCACUCCUGGUUUAUAUGCUGCUGGUCGUCCUUUAGAGGAUGCUGAUUCUAGAACAAUUUUUGUCAGCAAUGUUCAUUUUGCUGCCACCAAGGAUAGUCUUUCUCGGCAUUUUAAUAAAUUUGGGGAAGUUCUAAAAGUGGUUAUAGUUACUGAUGCAGCAACAGGGCAACCAAAGGGGUCUGCUUAUGUAGAGUUCAUGAGAAAAGAGGCAGCAGACAAUGCUUUAUCUCUGGAUGGAACCUCGUUCCUGUCACGGAUUCUCAAGGUUGUGAGGAGAAGUACUGCCCAUCAAGAAGCUGCCCCUAUGAUGACAUGGCCUCGCAUUGCCCGAGGCUCUCCAUUUGCUGCUGCUAGGUUUGCCAGGGUUCCUUUUCCAAGAGGCAUGCCUGGUGCAUUUAGGGCUCGCCCUCCAAUUAAACCUGGUGCCAGGAGCUUGCAAUGGAAGCGGGAUCCUCAGGCUACACUGACUGAGAGUGGUGCUCCUGUCUCUGGAAAUGCUGUUCCAUCACUGGCUGCUCGUAGUCUCACCUAUGUCAGAACAGAACCUAAGCCAGAUGGGAAUUAGGGUACAACCUAGUUCAACAAAAAAAAAUCCUUUGCGAAAUUCUGAAGUGCAAUUGUGCCAAAGUGCACUUACUCAAGGCGGCCUGAACUUCCACGAAUUCUCUUAUUCUUGGAAUACGAUUCUUCUGUACAUGGGCAUUUUGCGGGGUAGAGAAGGUCUGAAGCACAGUAAUACUUUUUGGCUGGUAAAUUUUUUUGGCUGGGGAAGAAAUGUAUUUUUUUUUUUUGGGGGGG